UUUACGUUUGAGGAUCUUCUUAGAAGACGAAUUUGGGAAAGAUGCAUCAGCCUUGGAGAGGACUGCGAUUCCUCGUGCGAACGGUGAUCCUAAGGAAUAUGAAGAAUUACAGCGACAUUAAUUUCCACGGACAACGACACGUAUUGACGGUGAGUACAACGAGAGGUGUCCCUAGCACAAGCGUAAACUUGAAGGAGGCUUUGUGCGAAAAGAUUCCCAUACACUACGAUAUAUUGAGAAAUAUCCGUCAAGAACAUGGAUCGUCGGUGAUCAGUCAGAUCACCGUGGACAAUAUUUAUCAAGGAUUAAAUGGGGUGAACACUAUGGUUAGAGAAACUUCUGAGAUUGAUCCAAAAUAUGGGAUUAGAUAUAGGGGACUAACGAUACCGGAGGUUGUUACGCUGUUACCUCGAGAAGGAAAGUCACCAAGUGCGGAAUCUGUAUUUUGGUUACUUUUAACCGGGGAUGUUCCAACGCAAGAACAAACAGCAUCGCUAAUCGCUGAUUGGUCUGCACGACGUCAAAAGAAGAAAGAUUGGUGGUCAGGACCAGGUGGUGGAAUCGUCGGUUCCGUUCUUCAAACGUUACCAAAAACAACGUCUCCUCUUGGAAAACUAUCAGUGGCUCUUACCAUUUUUGAUUCUCGCAAUCACAUGAAUGAAGCUUUAAAAAAUGGUGCCUUGAGUUAUACUCAUUGGGAAUACAUGUAUGAAGAUAGUAUGGAGUUACUAGCAACACUACCGGCAAUAGUCGGUCUAAUCGCUAAAGGCGAAUUGAAGAACUUGGAAGAAGAGAACGGCGACUGGAUACAAUUUUUAUCAAAAUGUUUAUGUAACGCAUUUGACAUUUCGGAAAACCAUAAGAAAUCGUUGAUGGACUUCCUUCGAUUAUACAUUGUUCUGAACGCAGAUGAAAAUGGCGGAAUACCUGGCGUUCAUGUUACAGAAAUACUCGGUGCUUCUCAAUCAUACGUCAACCAGGCUCUUGCAGCAGGAGCUUUAGCAUAUACCGAGGAACCUAAAAGCGGCACAAUUUCAGAAUAUAUGGAAUUCCAAACAAAAAUACAACGCCUUCUUGGCCAAGAAUCGAAGGAAGAAAAGUUAAGGAACUAUAUAACCAGUGUAAUUCAAAGGGAUAAAUUAACUGGUUACAAAGAAGCAGAUAUUUGCGAUCCGAAAUACACCGUAUUGGAAAAUUAUGCUAGAGAGCAUUUACCAAAUGAUUCUGGUGUAAAGUUGUCACAAACCAUCACUAAAAUUCUUUCUACAAUGAUGAAAUCUGCAAAAGGAAAAAAUAUUUAUCCCGAACAAAAUGCAAUUGCUGCACCUAUUUUUCAAUUCUAUGGGCUGAAAGACAUGGAAUUCAAUCAAAUAUUACUGUGUAUGUCGCGAGCUUUGGGUGCAGUUGCAUCGAUCAUUUGGACAAGAGCUGUUAAUGCUUCAGUUGAGCAACCAACAUCCAAAUGCACUUAUUUUUAUUUAAAUUCUAUCCAAGGGACAAGAGGAAAACGUAAACGAGGGAAGCAUACAAAAAAUAUUCGAAAAUAAAGUUUCUUACAUUUUUACCAACAAUAUUAAACCAACAAUAUUUAUCAUAUACUGUAUUAAACAUAAUGUAUGUGUAUAUAAAUUAUUAUAUUAUACAUA